UCAAAAUGGCCGACAAAACUAUGCCUAUUUCUGUUCCUUCGGAAAAGCCUUUUAAACUAGUUAAAUGGAAAGCUAAAGAAGGUGCUUUUGUGUCAUAUGGACAAAUAUUAUUUUUGUAUAGUGAUUCCUCGGGCAAUAAUAAUGAAAUAAAGAAAUACAAAGCGGUUCGCGCUGGUACUAUCAUAACCAUCAAGGUGAAAGAAGGAGACAUUGUAGAACCUGGAGGAUGUAUCGCGGAUCUAGAAGAAUGUCGUCAUCCAACUGUAAUGAAAGAAAUGUGCGCAGAAUGUGGGGCCGAUUUACGGGCCGAAGAGACUCAGAAACGUGACACAGCUGUUGUCCCAAUGGUCCAUUCUGUCCCUGAACUUAAGGUUUCAGAAGAGUUGGCUCAAAAGCUAGGUAGAGAAGAUGCUGAUCGUCUGUUGAAGGAUCGUAAACUGGUUCUCCUUGUUGAUCUUGACCAAACACUAGUUCAUACGACAAACGAUGAUAUACCUCCUAACAUUAAGGAUGUUUUACAUUUCUUCCUACGAGGUCCUGGCAAUCAAGGCAGAUGGUGUCAUACAAGGUUAAGACCUAAAACCCAAGAAUUUUUAGAAUCAGCAUCCAAAAAUUAUGAACUUCAUGUAUGCACUUUUGGUGCGAGACAAUAUGCACAUGCAGUUGCAGAGUUACUUGAUCCACAGAAGAAAUAUUUCUCACACAGAAUCCUAUCAAGAGAUGAAUGCUUUGAUGCUAGAACAAAAUCUGCUAAUUUAAAAGCACUGUUCCCUUGUGGUGAUAAUAUGGUCUGUAUAAUAGACGACAGAGAAGAUGUUUGGAGACAUGCAACAAACCUUAUCCAUGUUAGGCCUUACUCAUUCUUCCAAUCAACAGGUGACAUCAAUGCUCCACCUCCACUACCUGAAGAAAAAAUAAAAGUGCCAAGCGGUAAAAAUGGAUCACAAGUGCUUGCAAGUAAUCCAAUGCCAACUUUAGAUGCAGAACCAGAUAAAGAAACUAAAGAAAUAAAAGUAAAAGAAAUAAAUGAGAAUGACAGCAAGCCUGUUGAAGUUGAAAAUGGUAAAAUUGCUCCAAUAGAUGAUAAAACAAGUAAAUCAGGGGAGAAAGAAAAUGACCAAGACAUCCCAAGUGCCAACUCAAAUGUUCCAGUUUGGGUGGGAACAGAUGAUGGUCAGAUAGAAGUUGACGAUGCUGAUGAUUAUUUAAUAUAUUUAGAGGAUAUCCUUAAAAGAAUACACAAGCAAUUCUAUGACAUGUAUGAUAGUAUGGGACAAUAUCAAAUACCAGAUUUGAAAUUUAUAAUUCCUGAAGUAAAGUGUAAGGUUUUAGCUGGUGCUAGUUUAGUUUUUAGUGGGCUAGUGCCCACACACCAGAGGUUAGAAACAUCUAGAGCUUAUCAAGUUGCUAAAAGCUUAGGGGCAGAUGUAACACAGGAUUUUACCGGAAAUACUACACAUUUAGUAGCAGUAAGAUCAGGUACAGCAAAAGUCAAUGCAAGCAGAAAGAUGACCGAUGGCAAGAAAAAACUCCACAUAGUUACACCAGAAUGGUUGUGGACCUGUGCUGAGCGAUGGGAGCGUGUUGAUGAGAGACUUUACCCACUGCAGAGGGGUGGACAGAGCAGCGCGAGACGCCCGCCCGCGCAUUGCAGUAGUCCGCCUCCCGCCCCGCCCAUGAUGCGCAAACGUACGCCUUCUGGACGCUUCAUGGAUACUAUAAAUCCUUUGCUGUCGUUCUCCAGUGAUGAUAUCGCUGAUAUGGACAGAGAGGUAGAAGAUAUCUUUAAUGAAUCAGAUGAAAGUUCAACAGACGAAGAGAAGAAACCUCAAGAUGAUCUUGAUGAUGAAGAAAAUAUAUCUGAAGAUAGACUACUAUCUCUAGAAACAGAGAAUAGUUCCCAAGAUAGGUUGCGAGAAACUGAAGAGAAUGAAGAUACAAGUGAUUCCAAUACAGAAGACGGACAAAAACCCCGUAAAAGGCCAAGACCAUCAACACCUCCCUCCGAUGACGAUGGUCCACCUGAUGACGACGAUAGUUCUUGGAACCUAAUGGGAGCGGCCCUUGAAAGAGAAUUCUUGGCACAGGACUGAUGCCACCGUUACCAUCCAAUUGUACAAAUUUUAUGCCUUUGUGUUAAUAAAAUAAUGUUCUUACACA